GAAGAAAAUAAUGAAAAUAAAAAUGAAGAAAAUAUAGAUGAAGCAAUGAAUGAAAUUAUUGAAUUAUCUAAAGUUAUACGUUCAUUUAAUGAUGUUAUUAGACUUAAUCCAAAUUUCAUUGAGAAAGGCAUUCAACGAUCUAAAGGUGGUGGAGGUUGUUCUACUUCAAUGACUGUUGGAGGAGGAGGAGGAAAUAAUGGUGGAGGGGGAACAAGUAAUUUAAGAAAUGAUGGAAUAUUUGGAGGUGUAAUUAGUGGUAAUGAAGAUGAAGGAUUUUAUUUGGGUGGAGGAAUGGGUGGUAGUGGUGGAAGUGGGGGAGGAGGAGAACGUGGAGGAGGAUCUCCUUAA